CCUGUGUGUUAUGUAACAGACACGUGCGUGCAACCGUUCCUGAUAAGCAAAGCAAAGGUCGAAUGGUGGUGCAUUAUUCCUAUUUUAAAACAAUUACAAGAGAUCUUUGAUCAUGGCGCCUCUCGUGAUCCUUGCGACAGCCAUAAUGGCACUGUCUGCCGUGUGUUAUGCAGUCACAGACAAGCAAGUCAACGACUUUCUCAACGUCUGUAUCGACUCAAAGCAUCAUAAGGAAAAACCAGGCCCAGAGGUGGAUUAUUUUCACCAUUGCACUCCAUGGAUAGAUCAUGCAUGCUGUAAAUCAAAUACAACUAAACACAUCGAAAGUGAUGGCACAAUCACCCUGUAUCGAAUGCGAUGGGAUCAAUGCCCCCAGAAGCGAGCAAUGUCAGCUAAGUGUAAGAGAUUCUUUGAAAUGGAUACCUGCUUCUACGAAUGCUCGCCUUAUUUGAGGCCAUGGAUCGAAGUUGACCCCCACUCCAAAGUAACAAGAAGGGAGAGGUUUACGAAUGUACCCCUAUGUUCAUCGGAUUGUGAUGCCUGGUUUGAAGCGUGUAAGUUUGAUUAUACCUGCUCUAACAACUGGGGAGACAUGGAAACAUGGAACUGGACCAAAAACGGCAACGACUGUAAGAUGGAGUGCAAAACCUUCAAGGAUUACUUUGGAAGCCCAGCAAAUUUCUGCAAUAGGCUCUUUAAUUAUUCAUUUAAAUAUACAUCAGGCAAAGCUGGGGAGGAUUGCAUGGUACUCUGGCCAAAUGGUACCAAUUCCAGAUUAAAUAGUCAGGUUGCUAGAAAAUAUGCCAGGAAGGAACUUUCAGUUUCUCAGAGUGAUGUCUUAAGGCCUAGGUUUGCCAUAGUUAUUCUUGCUUUUCUGCUUUUUGCUCAAUUGUGAGCUCUUAUUAGGUGAAACUGAUAUACCAUGCUCUCACAUAGGAUGUUUUGUCUUGUUUUGUCUGUUAUUUUAUCAAAUGUCAAAGGUCUUUUGACUUCUGCUCGAAAUUCUGUUACUACUGAGCAAGGCUUCUACUGAUUACAUAUGCUCAAACAAAGGAAAAUGCAGAGACAUAAUAUUUUGUUUUCAAAAAUCAGGGAAGCUAUAAAAAAAUAAACUUUUGAGGGUAGAGGGGUUAAAUGCUAUACACUGCUACACAACACACAUAAAAAAGGCCUCUCAGGUUAGUGAGUCAAGUACACAGUUGGAUCUUUUGUGUGGUUUACAUUUUUUAUUAUACAUAUGUGUUUGUAGAAGUAAUUUAAGUUUAAAAAAUGAAGAGCCGGCAGCCAAAGGGGAAUCUGAUAAAAGCAAAUAAGAGAAAAUUACUUACUCAAUGGGUGAACAUCGACCCCCCUCAAAAUCAAAGGUUUAAGGCCUGCAAUACUAUGGAGAGCAAAACCAAAUGUUUAAUGCACACAUAUCACUUUUGAUUGUUUUAUUAUUAUUAUAUACAGAACAGCUUAUAUAUAAAACAAUAUUUUAGCUGGUAUUUAUAACAGGGGAUGCACUUGAAUUAAAAAAAAAUUGCUUUGUAGUUAUAAUGCUCAUAUGCUUAUCUACAAUACACAGGAAAAACAUCAGUAGGUGGUCCUAAGAGGUACUGUUUUUGCCCUCGACACCAUGUAAAAUUUUCAAAUAUAUAAUAACAAACAUCGAUUACAUGGCA